AUGGAUUCAAUUCCGAUACAUUCAUCGGAGGAUUAUUUCGAUUCUGAUUCCUCUUCAUCGGGAGAGGAUGGAGAAACUGAAUCUAAAGUGGUUUACGUACCAAAAUGCCCCAAUGAUUUGAAACCAAAAAUUGGACAAAGUUUCAUGACCCUUGAUCGUGCAUUGGACUUCAACAACAAUUAUGCUCGAUAUGUUGGGUUUGACACCCGUAAAGAGGGAUCGAAAAAGAAAAAAGAUGUCAUUACUUGGAUUUACGUGGUAUGUAGCCGAGAAGGUACAAAGCAAAGAAAGAGUGAACAAUAUGAGGUGAAACGCAAGCGUUCUUCUAUUAAGUGCUUUUGUAAUACUAAAGUGUCUUGGAAGUUUUUUAUGGGUGUUGGUUAUGUUAUACAAAGUUUCGUUGAAGAACAUAAUCGCGAGAUGGUUGAGGAACGCCAUAAGCGUUUUAUGAAGUUGAACCGCGAUUUGGAUUUAGUCCAUCAGAAAUUCAUCCUUGAUUGCGCUAAUGCAAACAUUGGUCCAACUUUAAGUUUUAGCUUACUUAAGGAAGUGCUUGGUGGAUUAGAUUAUGUAGGGUGUACUGUUUUAGAAGUGCCCAACUACAGACGUGACCUUAGAGCAUACGUGGAAGGAGCUGAUGCGCAAAUGCUAUUAAAUGAGAAGUGCAGGAAGAAAGAACUUUGUGGUGCAUUUACAUAUGAAUUUGAGGUCAACUCAAAAGAUAGACUGACACAUUUGUUUUGGUGUGAUCCUACUGCCAAGAGAAACUAUCAUUUGUAUGGUGAUAUUGUUUCUUUUGAUACGACAUACUCAACAAAUAGUGAAGUAUAUUGA